AUUGAUAAGGAAUUUUAGGAAUCUUGAAUGGAAUAUUUAAUUUUAAAAAUGCAGAGAAUUUGGCAAUCAGGGGAACUUCGGUGAUUUCCAAAGUUUCACUACAUCACUGCCUCAAGCGAAUUUAAAAUCCCAUUACAUAAAUUGAGAGAGAAAUUUCAAUUAUCCUUCGAUAAAAGUAAUAAUUUUAUUGAGCUUCCAUGUAAUUCUAUCUACAUCACAAACGAAUUCAUCAAAUAUUUCCUCGUCCGAGUGUUUGUUGAGCCAACAAAUGCCAGUUCUCUCGGGAGACUCAUCCAUUAUCUUGAAAUUUGUGAUAAAGGAAGCUGUCAAAACAACGAAAUCGUUAACAAUUUAAAAAUGCUAAAAACUUCUCAGUAUUCUUCACUUUUCAGAGCUCCUCAGAUCUGAAUAAUUAAGAUAUUUUUAAUCCGUCACCAGCGAAAAUCUACGUCAAUUAGAAUGAAUAUUUCUAGAGGAGAGAAUGGAAACGAAGAAUUGCGUCGCAGAUCUCCUCCAGAGAAUUCAAAAAAUAUUUUGAAAAAAAACUGGAGAUACCCAAGAGGCUUUCCAAACUUAACGAAACAAGUUUAUGGAAUCCUUCUUGAACCGAAAAUGUGGAGAUGUCUACGAAAGGGGAAACUAGUGAAAGAUCCCAUAAUCGAUGCCUGGUUACAACUGAUGAAGAAUAGAGCAUUGAGAUCUGACUUCAGGGUGCUGACAUUCAAUAGUUCUCAUUAUGCACUACUGUCCCAGUGUGAAAACUGUCCACCAGCCGAAUUAACCCACUGGCUUUUGAAGAACGACUGUUGGAGUAAGGCUGUUUGGCUGUUUCCCCUCAUCUACGGUGGUCACUGCAAUAUAUUGAUAAUAAUACCCAAGUCCAGGAUUUUCCUUUUCAUGGACGGACCCCACAAGGAACCCCCCGACGACUUACUCAAGCAAAUAUGUGCACUGAUGGAGUCAGUAAAGGGAGACCUCGACUGGAGUCAGUGGACGUUUCAUCAGCCAACUGAUUAUCCUGUCCAGCAUCCUAUGUCAAACAACUGUGCGAUACAUGUUUGUGCGUGGACCUGCGUCAUUUGUACGGGGCAGGAACUCACUUGUCAGCACAAGGAGAUGGCAAAGAUGAGGAGACUAAUGGCAGCCCAACUGUGGGCAGCACCGGAAAUGGAAGUGGAUUCGUCUGGGGGUAAUUGCGGAGAUUAUGAUUCUCCUGUUCGGAAAUCCUCGACAACGUGGAAAGAUGUCACGUGGAGUAAUCGGACACCUGGAUGUUCCAGAACUCUGGAGUAUUGUGCUUCAUUGAUUGAAGAUCGUGGCGAGCUAUAGAGGAUUGGUGUGUUGUUCGCCACAUUUUUAUGUUAUAAUCGACGUUUAAAAUUGAAGUUCACAUUCAUCUCUAUUUUUAUAAAUUAUGGUCAGAAUAAUAAGGAAUUGUGCAGAUUCUUAAAAACGUACUUAUUUGAUAAGUAUUUCAUUUUCAAGAGAUCCUAGA